CUACUCUCCCACACGCCCCACCCCUUCCACUCCAGCAGAACUACUACUAGGACAGUACUGCCACCACUCGUAGCCCAGAUCAAACGACCAAGUGGCCAGCGAGAGCUAGAGCGAGAAAAAAAUUCGAAGCAGGAAAGGGGGAGGCGAAAAGCUUGGGAGAGGAGGGAGCAUAACUCCCGAGCCCCGAAUCGCAAACCCUAGCCUCGUCCCGAUCUGCAAUGCCGGGGGUGUGAGGGCGGCGUGCGCAGAUGAGGCGAGUGGCGCCAGCGAUGAUCGCCGCCGACGGCGAGGGGGCGGCGGAGGGGGUUGUGGAGAAGACGCUGCCGAACGGGGACGUGUACCGCGGUGGGUUCUCCGGCUCCGCGCCGCACGGCAAGGGCAAGUACGUGUGGGCGGACGGGUGCAUGUACGAGGGGGAGUGGCGGCGCGGGAAGGCGUCGGGCAAGGGCCGGUUCUCGUGGCCUUCGGGGGGCACGUUCGAGGGGGAGUUCCGCGGCGGACGGAUCGAGGGGCUGGGGGCGUUCGUCGGCCCCGACGGCGCCACCUACCGUGGCACGUGGGUGGCGGACCGCCGGCACGGGGUCGGCGCCAAGAGCUACGCCAACGGGGACUACUACGAGGGCCAGUGGCGGCGCAACCUCCAGGAAGGCCACGGCCGGUACGUCUGGGACAACGGCAACCAGUACGUCGGGGAGUGGCGCGCCGGGGUGAUAUCCGGCCGCGGCGUGCUGAUCUGGGCCAAUGGGAGCCGCUACGACGGUGUCUGGGAGAACGGCGUGCCCAGGGGGACUGGCGUCUUCACGUGGCCCGACGGGAGCCGGUACGUCGGCUCCUGGCCGCGGAGCUGCGUCGACCUGCCUGCCAUAAGCGGCACGUUCUUCCCGCCGGUGGGCGCUGGGGAUGCCGGUGCGGUGAGGAAGAGGUCCUCCGUGGAGGGUGUAGGGGGGAAGGCAGCGCCGCGGAUCUGCAUCUGGGAGUCGGAGGGCGAGGCCGGGGACAUCACCUGCGACAUCGUGGACGCGCUCGAGGCGUCCAUGCUCUACAAGGAGUCCGCGGCCGUCGGAGGUGGAGCAACGUACAUGCGGGCACUGCCACAUAGGAGUGCCCGGCGAGCAGCUAGCGGAGUCCCACGCUGGGCGUCCUCGGCGGCCACUACGCCGGAGUGUAAGCGACCCGGGCAGACCAUCUCCAAGGGACAUAAGAACUACGAGCUCAUGCUGCAGCUGCAAUUGGGCAUCAGACAUUCGGUGGGUAAAUCUGCGGCGGUGCCGAUGCGAGUGCUGGUACAAGCAGAUUUCGACCCACGGGAGAAGUUCUGGACACGAUUCCCACCCGAGGGGUCUAAGGUCACACCACCACAUUCCUCUGCGGAGUUCCGGUGGAAGGACUACUGUCCCAUGGUUUUCAGGCAUUUGAGGAAAUUGUUCGCUGUUGAUCCAGCAGAUUACAUGCUCGCGAUCUGUGGCAAUGAUGCUCUGAGGGAGCUGUCUUCGCCUGGGAAAAGUGGGAGCUUCUUCUACCUUACCCAGGAUGACCGCUUCAUGAUUAAGACAGUGAAGAAAUCAGAAGUCAAGUUGCUAAUUCGAAUGUUAAAUAGCUACGACCAACAUGUCAGUCGAUACAAGGACUCUUUGAUCACAAGGUUCUAUGGUGUACACUGUGUGAAGCCCCUUAAUGGACAGAAGGUCCGAUUUAUCGUCAUGGGUAAUUUGUUCUGUUCGGAGUACCAGAUUCAUCGCCGUUUUGAUUUGAAAGGCUCAUCCUAUGGCCGAACAGCAGACAAGUUUGAAGAAGAGAUUGAUGAGACAACCACACUCAAGGACUUGGACCUCAACUUUGUCUUUCGGUUGCAACGAUCUUGGUACACUGAUCUCCAUGAGCAACUGAGGCGAGACUGCGAUUUUUUGGAAUCGGAGGGGAUUAUGGAUUACAGCUUCUUGGUAGGAGUUCAUUUCUGUGAUGAUAUGCCCGCCUCAAAGAUGGGAUCGUAUACUUUUACUGCUUCUCCAAAGCUUUUAACGAAGAGUGAGUCAUUUCAAGGUGGUGAUGGCACGCUAGAGCUGUGCUUCUCAGAUGAUGAUUUUGAUCGGAUACCUGAUCGCAGGCUGGGUGCGCACAUGCCAGCCCGGGCAGAGCAAGCAUCCAGAAGGAGCGAGUUCGACCCACUUCUCCUCACUGGUGGGGGAUUCUUGUUCCCAAACCAGACUGGUGAAGUGCAUGAUGUGAUUCUGUUUUUCGGGAUAAUCGAUAUUCUCCAGGAUUAUGACAUCACAAAGAAGCUAGAGCAUGCUUACAAGUCACUUCAAACAGACCCCAACUCAAUAUCUGCCGUGGACCCAAAGCUCUACUCAAAAAGGUUUCAAGAUUUCAUUGGCAGAAUUUUUGUGGAAGAUGGCUAGGCAUUGGGUGGACAUGGAACUCGAAUUCCAUACGAAAGCCAGAGCACCUGCAAUGAUUCGAAGAUGGUUUCCACAGGUUUUUUGUGCGUGGUAAAGAAGCUCCAUAACUGCCAAGAAUCAUCUUCAUCUAUGGGGAUCCGGUAAAGCAGCUCACCGGCUGGGUGACCAACGUCAAAGCCUCGAUCAGCAGCGCAGGGAAUCGAGUUGCAAAGCGAAUUUGCCUCGAAUUCUCUGCAAAAUCAUCGGAGUGGCUGGAUUUUGAAACGCAGCCAUGAGAUUGGAUGAAGAUUUCUGUAAAUUUUGUGAUUCGGUGGGUGAGAGAUUGGUUCUUCCAGCUCCGUAGUAGUAGUUUUUUUUCCUCAAUUUUGUUAGAGGAUUCCUUUUCGCACUUUUAAUAUAUCGGUCUGAUCUAAAGAAAGAGUAAGGGGGUUUGUUGCUUCCAGAAAGAGGAUGUUAAAGGCUGUGGCAGGCGGUGAAUAAUAAGAUCAUGUACAGAUACACCUUGAUCCUGAGAAUGGGUGGAUUAGAAUUUAAUUCGGCAUCUUCAUGCCUGUGGGGCCC